AUGACCCCAAAAAUACUCCGAGUUGGUCUUCUCACCACAGGAACCCAUCCCAUCCAAACCAUCUACCUCCCUACCCUCCGCGCCCUCAAUAACCUCUACACAAUAGCCGCCAUCUACGAUGCAUCGCAACCAUCCCUAGAAUCGCCUACCCUAAAAGCCGAUGAUAAUGACGACAACGACCCAAACCCAAGUAUAAACCCAAGAGCCCCCUCCUCAAUCAUCGCCGACCCAACCAUCGAUCUAAUCCUCAACUUCAUGCCAAAUGAAUACCACGAAACGUAUACGAUCGCUGCCCUGCGCGCCGGGAAACACGUGAUGGUCGAGACCCCCAUCAGUCUGAGCAUCCCCUCGGCACGACGCAUUAUCGAGACCGAAAGAGAAGCACCCAACGGAGCCAAAGUGUUUGUUGCUUCUGCGCGGAGGUACGCGCCUUGCUUUGAGGAGGUGUUCAAGCGCGAGGUGAAAGGGUUGGGGAGGAUACACUAUGCGCGGUGUAGAAUGAUUGCAGGGCCGCAUCAGGCGCAUUCAGCGACAGCACUGGGAGCGAACAACCACAAUCACAGUCAUAGCAACGACCACCUUAACGGCCGCAGUGACGGUGGGGCUAGUCGGAGACUGCAAAACGAGAACAAGCCCGACGAAGGAGGACUCGAAAGCGGCAAGAGACUUCUCCAAAGUCUCCUGCGGGAAGUAUUCGGGGAAGGCGAACCGCCAAGUCAAGAGCGCAUAGCUCUAAGCCGGUUUCUGUCUUCGCUGGGAUGCCAUGAUCUCGGGCUCAUGCGGGAUACCUUGGGCUAUCCUGAUGCGAUUUCAAACAUCUCUGUGAACGAGCCAUUUUACUCCGCGUUGUUCCAUUACACUGCUGGUGGCGCCGCGGGCGAGUACCCGUUUACAUUGAUGUACGAGACCGGGACGGACGGUGUCCCGCGGUGUGAUGCGCAACUAGCUGUGUAUGGGCAUUCAAAAACCGUGACGAUUCACUAUGACCUGCCGUAUGCGCGGGGGCAGCCUCUGCGCGUAGUGGUUGAGACGGCGGAUGAGCGGGGGGCGUUGACGCAGACAGAGACAGUGAGUACGUGGGAAGAAGCAUAUCAGGAGGAACUGAGGGCGCUGUAUGCUUACCUGGUGGAAGGGAAGCCGGCCAAGACGACGGCGCGAGAUGCGUUGCAGGAUUUGAAGCUGUUCCAGACCAUAUUCGAGCAGUAUGAUCGGCAAUGUGGGACGAUUCGUUCUCCCCUUGGUUAA